AUGACCCGAGUGUCCCUAAAUCGAUUGCUUCCGCUCGACGGUCCCCUCCGUGGUCCAGCUGGUCGACUGCCAUUGAUGCAGAGCGCAACAACAACAAUCGCAAUGAGUUGGCGGAUAUCAUACCGCUUGAUCAGGUUCCCCCUACUACGUAUGACGAUCAUACAAACAAGCUUGAUGCACCAGUAUGCAUGCGAGCUUCGCCAUUUUCCGCCCAAUUCCGUCAUAUGUCUCAAGCGCGGCCUGUACGAUGA